AUGAUGCUACGUUCACUGUUUGUGUUAAUGGCAACCUUCAUCGCCUGCAAUGCCAACUUGGAUGAUUGUGGGCAACCAGCCAAUCCUCCCGAUGAAUCAUCGCGCGUUGUGGGAGGACACGAAGCCCAGGCCAACUCCUGGCCAUGGCAGGUUAGUCUUCAACUCAAGCAGUACGAUGGUACUAAAAUACAUUGGUGCGGUGGAUCGCUCGUACACUACAAUUGGGUUGUAACAGCAGCUCACUGUGUAGAGGGGAAGGAAGCUCCUUAUUUAUGGGAAGUCUGGCUUGGUGCUCAUGACAACAAAGUUCCUUCAGACAGUGUGGUAGUUUCGAAAGUUGCAGGAAUUUUCAAAAAUCCAUAUUGGAAUCCAAGCGGUCUUGUGAAUGAUAUUGCGCUGAUUAAAUUAGCAACUUACUUCACCUUAAGUGACGAGAUCAGCACUGUUUGCCUGCCUGCAAAAACUCACACAGCAGGGAAUGGGUUCGUCACAGGCUGGGGAGAAAUGCAGUACUAUGGACAAGCAGGUUGGUAUCCAGAUAAGCUCCAACAGGUUAUGACACCAAUAAUUGACCAUGACACUUGCGUAAAGGUUAUGCAGCCAUACUUUGUGGAUGACGCCAUGGUUUGUGCUGGAUUCCCCAACGCGCAGAAGGGAGCAUGCUCAGGAGACAGCGGCGGUCCAUUCGUCGUUAAAACAGGAGGAAGAUGGGAGCUUGCUGGGAUUGUCAGCUGGGGUCUCAUUCCUUGUGCACAGAACGGUAUUCCUUCAAUAUACACUGAUCCCAAAAAAUUUGAAAAUUGGAUCUAUAACACCAUAAACUACAACUAAAAUAAACUUAAAAGAUUUCCAGUUGAUUGCCCGGUAGCUAGAGGUUUACGUAUUUCAAAGCAUUCACACAUUACCAAGAACAUUGGAUUUACCUGGUAAGUCUGCUUCCACCUAGAAUUAUAAAAAUCCCUUAUUUGAGUGUGUAGGAGUGGGUUCACCUCCCCCAGUAUUUUUUCUUAAUUGAAAUGUUGAGGAUCAUUUUGUCAGGAUGCCAUUUUGUGAGUUUGAUUUUUUAGUAAUGUCUGCUACAAUGACUUGAUUGGUCAGUUUUAUAUAGCAACAUCCAGAUGGGCAAACCCUGGUGCUAUUGGGCUAUUGGGCCAUAUGAAACUCAUUCAGAAUCGUGUAUAGGUUUGCAACCUGUUACAAAACUACUUGAAAGCUUGCCUAAUACCAUAUGACAUUGCAAGACAUUAUUCAAAUCACUGCUCACAAUUGGCUUUGAAGCACUAAUUCAAGUACAACAAUAAACUAACUUUGAGUCGUUUUUCGGAUGUAAAUUCAUCAUUAAUUUCAGCCAAACUAAUUUGCCAAAAGUCACUAUUUUAUUCGAUUCUAUAAUCAGUUGAGACAAAUGAAACAAUAACAAACACAUAAUGUUAGUAUUGAAGAUAUUGUUCAUGAUGAACACCUUUAAUAAAAUGUUCACAGUUGAUUUAA